AUGGAACAAGUCCACGAAUAUAAAAAUUUAAGUGUUGAUGUUCUCAAUGAGAGCAUGAAGAUAUGUGAGAUUUUUCAGGCUAAUGUUCUACUUGAAAAGUUUCCACCAUCUGAGAGUGAUUACAGAAAUCAAUUGAAACAUAAAAAAAAGAAUUUAACUCUCCAAGAACUUAUCAGUCACAUGAGGACCGAAGAGGCAAACCGUCUCAAAGAUAAGAUAAAAGCUCUUUCUCUUAAUUCUUCUAAAGCUAACCUUGUGGAAUCUUCUGGUACUAUUGCAAAAGACAGGUACGAAGUCAAACAAAAGAAUGGAGGACAAGGUGAUGCCCAAGCUUAUCUUACAGAGGGUGAUGAAGUAAUUGCUCCAGUAAUCGUCGAGGCAAAUUUGAUAGCUAACAAGACUGAUUGGGUGUUGGACACAAGCGUUUCAAGACAUUUCUGCGCUAACAAAGAAUUAUUCCAUGACUUUGAGGAAUUCACCGAUGGUGAGUGCGUCUAUAUGGGUAACUCCACUACUACUGGAGUUCUGAGUAAAGGAAAUUUUUUACUUAAAUUAACUUCUGGAAAAACAUUAGCCUUGAACAAUAUUCUGUAUGUUUCCUCACUCCGUAGAAACUUAAUUUCUGGAGCACUUCUCAACAAAGAAGGCUUAAACAUGUUUUUGAAGCUGAUAAAAUAA